UCGCGAGAGAAUUUUAUAGAAACAAGAGCAUGACGAUCGAGAUAUCCUCUUAAGGUUGUGCUUUGCGAUCUGUUGGCCACAGAGCUCAUAAUUUCAGUAAAAAUGCGAGCGAAUGUCGGGUGCAGCCUCCUUUCAACUAACGACGCAAGUUACUCAUAUUAGCUGUCUACGUUAUGCAAUCAGCCGACAAGCGUAACACUUGAUGAAUCAGAAAGGCGACGUCCACGCACCAGUUGGCGAGUUAGAAGACAGUUGUCAGCAGUGGCAUUACCGGCACCCAUCUCGCAAACACUACUGCCGGCCACACACCACCAACGCAUAUAUGCUCCCGCCUUUUUGUCGCCGCAGCAUGCUUGAAAAUGUGACUCUCAGGGAAGAAAUGAACUAUCUGUAGCGAGUGGCAAGGGGAAAAGUUCCCGGUACCACCGAAAAAUGUGGAAGUAUAUGUCGCUUUUUGCUCGUAUGUUGUCGAGCAGAAGCUGCCUCAGGGGUUCUAACACCAUCUCCUUCGUCACCGCUACUGAAUAGAUGGUGCUUCUCCAUGAGGGGAACGCCGUAAAAGUGAAAUUUCUGAGUAGAGAUGGUUGCUCCGGUGGCACUACUAGUCGUUCAAAUGCCGCUUCUCUUCGUUCUUGCCAAGGGCCCCCAAGAAUGGGUUGUACACCUUGUAUCUUACCCAGAAAACUCCGUACUUGUGUAGCAGAAGGAAAGCUGUGAGGAAUCGUGUUAGGGAACCGUGGAAACGUGUCAUUAAGAGGAACGGCGUAGAAGAAGCCUGGAUUCCAGGGAGUACGGAGAGGCGGCAGUCCACGAGAAGAGAAUAGGAAGCCAUUGAGAGCUUCGUCACUCUGGGUCGAAUUCAAAGCCUCAUCCAUCUGGGACAGCGCGAAAAAGUCCCGCAUCUGACUGUUUUCGUCGCCUCUGUCAACAAAUCCAGCCUGCCUGACUGGUUCGAAUGGGUAUGAAUGGGUGAUGGGAUAUUGUAUCGCCUUUGCUAGUCUUCUCCAAUAGGGAUGAACGUGGUCGAGACUUGUGUCACGGUUGAUUUCUGUAGUGUUCAGGAAGGAACUAAACAAAAGGUUUAUUCCUUCUAGGGAAAUAUCAGGCCACUCAUGACCUGUGUUCCAAGCCAGAGACGAUGAAAGGCGAAUAUCAGAACGUAAAAACACAAGAAACGCGGCUGUGCACAGACGAAACUUUGACACAUGAGCCAUUCUGUGUUGGCCAUUCAUCGAUUCCCUCCUGGCAGUCUGACGGCAGGGGGUUUUGCUCUUAAAUGUCUCCCAAUCAAAAUCCCAACCUUUUGAACCCUGUCACUAUCAUAGAAUUUGAUUCGUCCGGAUACCAAAGCAAAACAGAAUAAGACGUUUGUGCGCUACUGAAGUCAUUGAAUGGAAAAAAUAGAAAUGAUAGUCCGAACCAGAGGCCGUCAUUGGCGGCCUCGUGCACGGCCUCGCUCAUCAGGAUCGGGGGCUGUCGAUUGCCACCUCCAUGAUACAACUCCUGCUCAGCAUCCUGAUAGUCACGUCGUUUGAAAAGCGACAAGGCAAAAUCAUCUAUUCGCUGAACGUAAAUCUCCGAACAGAAUCCGGCCAUGAACGGGAUUUUGUUUCCGACUUGAGUUUCUACGUCAACAUCGCGUCGAACAAAGAUGACGACGAAGUGGUUCCUGCAGAAUCAAGUGAAUUAAGCCUUGCAUAUUGGUCAAUAAACAAUAUGUUAUUAAUCAGCCAUCAGCAUACAGUGUGAACGGCAUGGUGUUCGAAGAGGAAGGGUUACAGAAGGGGUCACAGUAUCACAGCCGCCCAUUGUCAUUGUGAAGUGGCUGUGCUCCAGCUCCUGUAGCCAUAGAGACAAGACCUUUUGUUGAGGGCAGCGGUAUCUUUCCGUCGCUCAUCGUAUCAGCGACGGUACAUCGCUCUUCGCUAUUUACAGUGACCUGUGAGCUAGCAUCUUACUCGUGAAGAACGACGUGGUAAGUAAUCAUCGCUUUCUUCGAAAUGGCCGCCACCGCUUCUUUGUUUGUCACGGUCUGCCACAAAACCUUAAACCGGCAGCCUCACUCCAGUUCACUCAGCGACGCCAGAAGGUUCUUCCGGUUGUGUAGCUAGACAAGACAACCGAUGUAGUGGACACUUUGAAAAACAGGAAACCAGUAGGUUGCCUUAUCCGAAGCGCGACGUCCCGAUUCGAGCAGUCACAUUUUGCUUCAUCCCGGCACUUCGAAAAUCACGCCAAUACUCAGUGUCCCAACUUCCUUCACAAACGCGUCUGACAGAAAGGGAGAAUUGGCAACGAGUAGCCGUCAGUCCUGGACUCGAGAGGUUUGGACGUAAAACACUGCCGUGGAAUCUCGGCUGACGUUGUGUAACUUCUCUGCAGUAAGCAGAUCACCGUUCUCUGCGGGUUUCAAAUGCUGCUGACUGUGAGGUGCCCGAUAUAACUUCCAGCCUGUGUGACGAGGUUACCAGCCAGAAACCGUAAAACUGGCAUGUAGUGCGGGGGGUGAGGGGGGCAGCGGCAGAGCACAAAGCCGGGAAAGUGACGGGUUCAUCCUUGAUACAAGCGACUAUCCAUUACUGACUAGCGUAGCGGUUACUUCUGUAAAACCGUGGAAACGAAUCGGUCAACGCACAGCCAACUCACUAAGGGGAAGUCUCCGUUUUGCCGCUGCAAGCGCCCAAAAAAGUUCUAUUGGGCGUGCCCGGGAUCAUCUGCGGAAUAGAAAGCUUCUGUUUCUUGCCUCAAUAGCCUCUGUCUAAGGUGAUUCUAUAGCGAGACGGCCGGUGCGUUUGAGAGCUUACCUUUCGCCACAUACUCGAGACAGGAAGCCAAUGUGGAUGGAGCUACUGCCAGUUGAUAUUGCCUUUGCGGCCCGCACAGCUAAAAACCAGCUGUCUCGGGAGGCGACGCGCAGGCCGCGUCACGACCACUCGACUGAGUUAUGCUGGCUGGCAAGGACGGGAACUAAGAAAUACUACGUAGUGUACGGUGUGCAAGUUUUGUCGUGCAUCCGCAGGUGCUAUCAAGUGUGCCAGCUCUCGUCUGAUAGUUUUUUUAAACUCUGACUGACUGUCAACUGGGACCUAGAGCCCAAUGUGUCUUAGGGAUUGUGAAUGGAAUUGCCCGGUUCGGCGCUGGUAAGGCGGGACUGAAUCUCCUCUCACCGUUCUGUGAGUUCAUAUCCUCACCUUUCGCCAUUCGCGCAUAUCGCAAUCUUAUGUCUCUCUGAUGUUGAAAGCUUUUACCACAGACACAUGGGUGACAGGGAGCAGUCGAACAUAGCUGGACGGAUGAUCCUUACAGUGCAGCCUUGACGGCUUGCCACCAGUCUGGCCUCUUCGGGAACAAUGGGUGACUGUGUCUCUUCUGAGCUAGUAUCUACUUACGCUUCCAUGUGGUGACGCGUGCAGACGUUUCCCGAACAGCAGUUUCAUGAGGAACUUGUAUAACAACCUCUCUCGAUUUUUUCCAGCCUGCCGCCAGUCCCAAGGCACCCCUGGCGUUUCCUGUCCAGCUUCGGUUUCAACACCUUAUGUCUCAACUUAACUGUAUGAGCGGCUAAGUACACACCAUAUUUACUCCUGCGACGGUGGUCGCCUGCAGCUAAAGUGCUGGUGUUGCGUACCAAGCUGUUUUUGGAUUCUCACGUUAAUCGGAAAUCGGAGUCACAUCCCGCGCACAUACAUAUCGUAUAUCUUCGUUUUUUACAUUUCGUGUAAUCAGCGCGUCUAUAAAUGGCAGUAGACUAGAUUGCGCGAUUAUGUUGGGAGCCAGCUGAAGCUCAGCCGGGCGCCAUGGGCUGCACAACGAAAGCCGGAGCAGCGGUGGUUUACAUCUUCCCCGCGUUAUAUGGCACGUUAAUGAUUGUCGCUGGGGCCGUGGAGCUGCAGCGACAUCAGGUUUUCGGUUCCGUUUGCAUCACAUUCGGCGCUGUCUAUGUUCUGACUUCUGUUGUUGGCGAGCUUGGUGUAUGUUGCCUCAAUGAGGCUGCGAUUCGUGCCACAGUCGUUCUGGUUGUACUAGAGAAUAUUAUUGCGUUCAUACUUGCAACUUUCUUCCUCGUUGACGUUGUCCGAGCGCACCCGGUGGUGAAAGAACACCAACAUACAUCGCCUGUCUUAACGUUCCUCGCCACUCACGAGGCAGUGAGCAUUUACAUUUGCGUAUUCCUCUACAUCGGCGCUAUCGCAACUUCCUGUUGCAUUGGGUUUUUGUCUGAGUACCAGGCUCAGCUUGAUGCAGAGCUCCUCAUGCAGGAAUCGCGACAGCUACAGGAGAGUGAGCGAGCAGCACUCCUUCGCACCUCUGGGAGGCUGGUUUCCAGAACGCUGGGAAGUUUGGAUCAGACGCCCAAUGCAGCGGCAACUGAAUUCACCAAUGGUGUUAACGAAGACAUGUUUGCCCAUCAGUUCAGUACCCUCCAGCGUGCAGCGGCAGCGUGUAGCGUCGUAAAGCAAGAUGAACAAUUUCAACCGGGCUUUGUGCAGCAAUGCGUCACAAAUCCCGAAAGGAGCUGAUGUGUGCAAGAAGUAUCGCAAAUGCGGUCAAGGUACGCAAAAGAUCAUUGCGUCAAGAAGCGAACGAGGAGAAACUACUGAACUGUGUCGUUCAGUAUCACACAGUGCUUUGUGGUGAUCGCGAAUUUUGGCGAUCGGCUGUCACAGAGGCACUUUGUAAAUGACACUGUUAACGAUUUUUCUUCUUCAUCCUUUUGACAUAAUGGUCUUCUGCGUACCGUGAUCACAUUUGCAAUGGGAGUAUAUAUAUAUAUAUAUAUUAUAUUCAGAUAUAUAUUUACAUAUGCAUGUGUGAUCACAGAUGUGUGACAGAUGAGAAAGGACCGCUCCGGUUGUUUUAUUCUGCUAUUCAAUGCACUGUCGACGCCACAUGACUUCCAUAUGUGCAUCUCUCUCAGCUGUUAUUAAAAAGAGCACGCUUACGCGGAAGCCAAUGGUUGUUCAAUUUUUCUCUUAGCAGACCAUAGCAGCGAUCAUUUUCAAAGUAUUCGCACCUCUGAAUUGCCGGGUCCUGACGUGACGAGUGCCUCCCGUUAAAAGUCCGAAUGGUAGCGAUCCGUAGCGAUAAAUGGUCUCAUCGUGGUCCUUUUCUCUUUGAUUUUGGCCACAAAUAUUCGCGGCGUGCUGAGAACAUCGACAUGUUUAUGACGAAGCGUCAGUCAAUUCAAGAAGACAGUCCCAUGCAAGAUGAUCGGCAUUGUGAACCAUCAAACAGUAAGCGCGGUUCCGUAUAGCUCCAGCGAUGAAUGUGUGACUUUUUAUCAGGAGCCGCGCGUUACUUCGGACAGAAGGAACAACCACUGAUUUCGUUACGGAGCGUAGAGCUUCUCUGUGUGCGGAGAAAAGACGUAACCUCGUGCAAGUUGUGGGAUGUUUGAAGAGUAGAGGGUAUCACAUAUGUUGCAGAAGAUGGCAGCAACUAGUGCGUCAAGCCAUGCGUCCCACUUUUUCUGUGCGAUUAAGGCUCACCGCUCAAGCAGGAAAAUCUCAUGUGUACCCAACCUGAUAGCAUUGAAACGGGGCACAAAUCGGCUGAUGUGUUCUCUCAUUGUAUCCAUAUCGCCCUGGUGACACGUGUACGCAGUAGUGUGAAUGUUCUUCAUUAAACUGAAUAGCCAUUCAGUGGCGUUGUGGGCACAGUGGGAUGUGCUCAUAUUGCUAAUGGUACAGAACAAGGAAAAGUGUUCAAGGGGAAAACAAAAGGUUGCUUUGCCACAAAGUCCUUCGGUGGCAGGAUGGGAGUGUCGACACACGCAGUGGAUGUCGCUCGUCCGUGCUGACUUGUAGCUGCCUCUCGGCGGCGGAGGAGUGGAGGGGGGGGGGAAUGGUAGGGGUUCUUCGUUCUUAUUAUAUCUAGCGUUGUGGGAUAUUGUUUUAGUGCCCUGGUCACUGAGUGUUGUUGAAAAAAACGGAAAGGUUCAGAGACGGUCCUGGAGUAUUUAAACAUGACAGUAUGUGCUGGCAGGACGCACGAUCACCUCGCUGCCCGUGGAUUUGCACAAUGUCGUGCAACCAGCUUUCGUACACGUACCAGCUCGGCAUCGGGUGAGGCUACGCCCGCGUAGAAGUGUUCUCCGCCGCCCUCAGCGACUCUGUCGGCAGCCACGCUUACGACUUUCCCAC